AUGGCGUUUCGUUUACCAUCACAGGCCCCGCGCCGUCAACGCUCCUACUCCGCCACUUUACCUCCUGCGCUAGACCCUGCAUCCAGCCUCUCGCAACCUCCUGGAUACGAAUCCACCGAAUGGGUGCUCUUCUCCCCGACUCAGCCCUCCACCACCGCCCGCACUCACACGACCUCCACUGAACGUACCCAACGGACAGCGGGGGUCUCUCGUCUCAGUGAUUUUGGCUCCUUCGGUACGCCGACCCGGUCGGCGUGGGAUCAGGACAAUGAUGAUGUGGAGGAGGAGGAGGAGAAUGACGCUCUUGAAGAGCCCUUAGACGAGGACGGAACGGAGCUGGAUAGCUUGGACGAUGGCCUACACGCUUUUCGAGCCCCGUCUUUAAACAUAGAUCAGGAGUCUGCAGCCAGGCUUGACCAAGGAGCUCCAGCCCAUCUGCCGGCUCAUGACGGGUUAGGGAGUUUCCAAGCGUCGAGUCAGGUGGUGCAGGAACAGCUAUGGCAGUACGAACAGUACAAUCCUUCACGGAGACAUGAACUCACACCGAGACGACGUUCGAGUGUCCAGCGGCAUUUGGACUCUAUCGCAAAUGAGGAACAGAUCGACGUUGAGCGCGAACGAUGGCAACGGAUUGAAAAGUGGAGAAUGGACCAGAGCCGGGCCCUCUUGCAGGAAAUCGAGAGAGAGACGCGUAGGCGCCGUAACAGCCGCGUGAGCUACAUGAGUGAUCAGGCUGUUCCCCAAAGUGAAGCACCAGGUGUGCAGGAAGGCGUCCCGGAGACGCCCAAGGAGUGUAUUUCGCCGUCGGUAGAAUUGGACGACCGCGAGGACGAGUCUCUCUGGCGCCGUAUCACCCGGAAGGUCAUUCGGGACUUGAUCGGCAUUGAUGAUUCGUUACUGUCCGUCCUCUUCGGAGAGUCUCUGCCCAUCGAGAAUGAAGAGAAGCCGACGUCGGCCGGAACAGAUCCCGCCACGAGUAUGGACGAGACGCUGAAAAGGGAGCUGGACUCUGUACCUGAUGACCACGGCCUGUGGCAAUCCAAGCUCCUCCAACGCAUUGCACACGAACUGGGAGUCCUAGUCCACCAGCUGUGUGAACACCCCGGUGCUUUUACAACCUACCUGACCCUGUCCCAAGAGAUCCCCGGCCAAUACGCUGGGAUGCCUCUCGGACGCCUGCUGGAAGAGGGCAGUGCACAACCUCAGUCGGCAUCGGCGGACCUACCAGCUUCAACAGUUUCCACCAAUGACCGUGAUUCGGUGCUAUCGCCCCAGUUCUCUCCCACUCUUCGGGAACCCAGCGGUCGGGAGCAUGCUGCCCAGUGGGGUAUUGAGGAAGAUGGCCCGAGCCGGCUCGCUAGCAACUCUGGUGCGGACCCGUUGUCCGAGUCGGCACGCAUUCAACAAGAGAAGGAGUACUGGGAGCGCGAACUCGAUGUGAUGAUGGUCUUCCGCUAUCUCCGGAGCCGCUUUAGCCGUCGGAACAGCAAUGCCGAUAUGCACCACGCUGUCCCGCGUCGACCGUCGCAGGAUGCUUCCCUUCGCGCGGCGAUCAUCCGGCAGCACCAUCCGCUCGUUGCACGGGCACACUCGCGCUCACAGGCACAGAUCCGGCGUCAAUCCCAGUACUCCACAAGCUACAGUGGCGCGGUGGGAGUGUCAUCGCCGCUCCUACGUCAACAAUUCCGUCGUCCUAGCUCCAGCUGUGCCAGCCAAAGCGCAAAGCUAUCAGCUAUUUCGAGCCGCCGAACUCUCACUGGUUCCAGUCGGAACUACUGGGACAUCGGCGGUAGCGUGGACAGUGGAAGUGCCAUUGCGCCUGUUGGGGCCGGAAUGGGAUCGUGGGGGGACGUCUAA